UUGUUAGGCACAUUGGUUCUGAUAUGCAGCUCAUCGCUAGGGAAGACAGACUCAUCGUCGUGCUCAAGCGAAAGCCUGCCGAACUUCAUGGAUCUUGACAAAUGUAUUGUCAUUCCAGAGGAUCUCUGCACAAAUCCUGACAUGCUGAUGCCGUUCACUGAAAGCCUGAUAAGUUGUGCGGUUGCAGCCAUUUCCGACUUGGAACUGCCGUCAAAGUUAUUCCUGAUGGAAGGGAUCGUGGAGAAUGUUCUGAAGAGCUUCGGUUUUGGAAAGAUCACGAGUGCUCUAUUUGGAGUCUGCAAGGCAGUAGGAGGCAUAAUGGACACACUGGACAACCUCAGCCUUGGAAUACUUAGUACCGUCAUUGAUCCCUUGAAGAAGGCUGUCGUACUCCUGCCGCUCCCAGACUGCUCGGCCAACAGCAUAAAAGGAUCAGUGAAGUGCGGCGAUCGCAUAAAAGUCAGCCUACCCAGUUCCCUCAAAGCGAAGGAGUGCUUCAAACACGUGAAGGGGACGUGCAACCUGAUCAAGGCAAACAAGGGCCCCGCACUCGUGGACCUCUUUGAGACCAUCAACUGCCUUAGUGAGAAGGCAUUCGAUGCCACAACGCCAGAGGGUAUCACUGGUCUUGCCUGCAGCGUGAUGAGUGGCUGGGCCAAGAACGCCAGGAUCUUGGAAGGUCUUCCAAAGCUGCUGCCUCUCCCUAUACCACUGCUUGGAAUAGGAGGCAGCUCCACUUCUAGCUCUUCACCAUCUCAAGAUGACGAAUCCAAAGGACUCCUUUCCAACGUGUUGGACGUUGUUACCGACCCAUUGUCAAUACUGAAGCCACACGGAGAUUCUGACAGUGAUAAGUCAACUGGUCUUGUUUCAAGUGUGUUGGAUGCUGUUACGAAUCCUUUGGACAUGCUUACAGACCCAUUGUCAAUACUGAAGCCCAACGGAGAUUCUGACAGCGAUAAGCCAACUGGUCUUGUUUCAAGUAUUCUGGAUGCUGUUACGAAUCCUUUGCAAGGCUUGGGCUCACAAGAGGACGAUUCCUCGGCUGACAAGCCUAAAGGGCUCGUAUCAUCUGUGCUCGACGCUGUUACUAAUCCUCUGUCAGCGCUAGACAUCCAACAUGACGAAGACUCUGCCGGAGAUAACGAAAAACCCAAGGGGUUAAUAUCGACCGCCUUGGAUGCUCUCACACCGAGUCAUCAACAGGAUGACGAUUCCAACGACAGUGACAAGCCAAAGGGCCUAAUUUCCGGGAUGUUGGAUGCUAUUACAAGUCCUGUCUUGGAUUUGGGCUCUCAAACAAAAGACGAUUCGGGAUCUUCAGAAGACAGCGACAAGCCCCAAGGCCUGCUUUCCAGUGUGUUGGGAAUUGGCUCAAAGCAUGACGACGACUCGAAGUCGCAAGAUACGCCAGAAUCAACUUCAGAGGAUAAACAGCCACACGGACUUCUUUCCAACUUAUUUGGAAUUGUGGGUCGCUAGUCCUUACUAUGCUGAUUUGCAAACCAAUGAAAGCGUUUUUCGUUUUUUCAGAUAGGUGGACGGGCUAACCAAACUAAACAGAUUUGUAAAAAGUAUUCGCGCCUUGCUUUUCGCGCGAUGAUUGGAGAAACGAUAUCAGUAAGGUGCUGAUACACACAUCUAGACACCAAAAGAAAUGUUCACGUGCGGGUGGCUAUGUCUUUUUCUUUGGCCGCAUUAAAUUGAUGGUUUAUCAUCGUUCGUUCCCUCAGGCGUUGAAAACACGUAUACUGAGUUACAAUUUAUUAUUCAGCAGUUUAAUUGCUAAUACUGCUCUCUCUAAAAGAGACAGACGUACACCAUCCAGCAUAUUCAGGAGUAAAGCACAGAACAUUUUAUCUGUCGUAUAUGUAAUUUCAUGAGUUAUUGUUGAAAAUUGCUAUUAUGAGAUUUGUUUUAUGGCGUUCCCUCCAUCAAACCCUUAGAGGUUCUGCAGGAAAACAUGAUCGCCACUUUGUUUUCGGGCUUGAGUCAAUAUGAAAAAGAGAAUACAAUGUUCUCCUGAAGACGCAAAAUAUCUAUGCCUAAGGCUUGCUUGAAGGAGCCAUAAAAAGUUAAUGCUGUGGAAGCAGCUUUACGUUUUUUAUGUCAGUGGGAUUACCCCUUGAAGCCAAAAUUAUUGAGCCAGCUGUUUUUUACUUGCAGCAAAUUUAAAUAUAUGUACUUAUUAAAAAUG